AUGGAGUCAGAGCCGGAAGAGGAACUCGAGGAGGCCAUCCCAGAUCCAAUGGAGUCCGAUCUUGAAGAAGAGCCAAUGGAGGAGGAGUCCGAAGAGGAACCUAUGGAGUCAAAGCCUGAGUCUACGAGUUCCGACUUGGAUUGGGAGCCUCGACGACAAGUCCUGGGACGUCGCAUUCGAAAUACAACCACGGUGGGUUAUCGUGGGCUCGGCGGGGUCCGGGGCGUGACAUCCCCGACCACCCCCAAAGAUUCCGACCCCCGGCCGGUGAUAAUGGAGUCCGACAUCGACGAGGAGUCCAUGGAGUCAGAGCCGGAAGAGGAACCCGAGGAGGCCAUCCCAGAGCCAAUGGAGUCCGAUCCCAAAGAAGAGCCAAUGGAGGAGGAGCCCGAAGAGGAACCUAUGAAGUCGGAGCCUAAACCAGCGAGUUCCGACUUGGAUUGGGAGCCGUAG